AGGUUAUAAAAUUUCUAUUUAUAACUUCUUAGGUUUUCUUUUCUUGUUAUGUUUAUAUUAUCGCCGUCUUCAAAUCUGAUGUGCGUGCAAAGUUGAAUGUUCUCGACUGUAAUUUAAUUUGUGGUUGUUUUUGUUGUGUAACCUAGUGCAUAGUUAUUUUUUAAUAUUAUAAUUUAUUCAAAAAAAUCGUGAAAAUGCCAGUAUUUCAUACGAAAACCAUCGAAUCUAUUUUGGAUCCCGUUGCACAACAGGUUUCUAAAUUAGUAAUUCUUCAUGAAGAAGCCGAGGAUGGUAUUCCUAUGCCCGACCUUCAACAACCAGUCAGGUCGGUCAGUAAUGCCGUCUCCAAUUUGGUCAAGGUCGGUAGGGAAACUAUCAACAGCUCCGACGAUCCGAUUUUGCGCCAGGACAUGCCAGCUGCCCUGGUCAGGGUGGAGAGAUCCUCCAAGUUGCUGGAAGAAGCCAGCGACAUGCUUAAACACGACCCGUUUUCCUCUCCAGCGCGAAAACGACUAAUCGAAGGCAGCGGUGGAAUUCUCCAGGCUACAUCGGCCCUGCUGUUGUGCUUCGACGAGUCCGAAGUCCGGAAAAUCAUCAAAGAAUGCCACAGGGUCCUGGAUUACCUGGCCGUAGCCGAAGUGAUCGAAACCCUGGACGAACUGGUCCAAUUCCUGCGAGACCUCAGCCCGUGCCUUAGCAAAGUUUCCAGGGAGGUCAGCGCCAGAGAAAAGGAACUAACACACCAGUUAAAAUCCACCGAAAUGAACGGAAAAUACCAAUGCUGCAAGGAGGAUUAUCCGGACUACGUGUGCAUCAGAUGCCACAACGUCUACCACCCGUGUUGCGUGGACGGUGCGAACGUGCUGAAGCUGGACGGCUUCCAAAUAUACUGCUCGCUGGAGUGCGAAAGCCGGGACGUGGAGGACAACGUCCGCAACGCCGAUCUGGAGGCCGUCAUCGUCAAGCUGCGCAAGGAGCUGGCCGAGCGCAGCAACUACCUGAAGAGGCUGAGCAAGACGUUCCUGCAGUUCGAGGACGACGUCAUGUACAAGGAGAACGAGUACGAGACGACGCUGCUGCAGCAGCAGGAGAAGAUCAAGGGCUUGACCAAGGAGAUAGCGGAGCUGAAGAGGCAGAAGGAGCAGUCGAACGAGAAGAGCAACGAGCACGCGCGUUACGUGCAAAAAUUGGAGAAGGACUUCGUCGAGCUGAGCGACAUGUACAAGCAGAUGGUGUCGACUAUAAGGAUGUUGGAGUGCGAUAAUAUGAAUUAUCAGAAGCUCGUGCAGGAUUUCAAGACGAAAAGCGAAGCGGAAGAGGCGGUGGAACUGGUCGAAAGCGCGCCGGUUGCUUCGAAAGUGGAAGAAACUUCGAAAGAUAGCAGUAAAGCAAAGGAAACUUCGGAUGAUGUGAAUAAAGUUGCUUCACCUACGAACGAUUUUAAUGGAAAUACAUUGUUCCUUUUGGGCUACACCUGCGCUGUUAACCUGUAUAAAAUGCUCACUAGGGAAGUAUCCGGCGACAAACAAUCUUCAGUUAAAUUCGAAAACGUACCGGAAACUAUUAAUAAUUUGGUGAAGUCGAUUGCUGAAUUCCACAAUUUAGGAAAAUUUACUUUUUACAUGUUCAAAGGCAUAUUCUCCACGUUGAUCCCCUCCGGAGGGUUCCUCCAAUAUAAACCGCUUUUAGUACACUCGGAAAUCCUCGUGAGAUGUUUGGAGCAGGUGAAGACGUUGGCGCCGAUACUGAUCUGCUCCAUGAAAAUCUACAUCCACAUCGUCUCGCAAGGCGGCAAGGGCGCCGAAGAAGCGGCCGAAAACCGCAACUACCUGGCCCAACGGAUGACCGACGAAAUCAACGAAAUCAUCAGAGUCCUGCAGCUGACCAGCUACGACGAGGAGCAGUCCGAACUCGACAAUCUCACCGUGCUGAAGAAACUCCAAAACGCCAUCUCCAACAAGAUCAACGCCGCCAACGACUGGCUCUUCGACCCGAACGCGGUGCGAGGCGGCGUGGGCGAGAAGUCCCUUCGUCAGAUCAUCGAGGCCGCCCAAAAGGUGGCCGAUAGGUGCCUUCCGAACGACGCGCACGUGAUCAACAAGCUCUGCUCCGAUCUGACCACCAUGACGGACGCUCUCUGCGAGCUCAGGCAAGACGGCAAAGGGGCCACUCCACAGGCGGAGUCCCUGGCCAGGGGCAUCAGGGAGAAGCUCGGCAACUUGCAGCAGGCCGUAAUGAACGCCGUAGUAGCUGUAGAUAAGACUGGUUUGCAGCAAACUGCCCACACCGUACAAGGAAGGUUGGAGCAAGCUCGAAAGUGGCUGUCGAACCCCGGCCACGACGACAAGGGCCUCGGCAAGAGGGCCAUCAACGCCAUCGUGGAGGAGGGUCGAAGGGUGGCCGACGGGCUGCCGGGCGUCCAGAAGGCCGAGAUCCUGCAGCUCUGCGACGAGGUCGACGGGUUGUCGCGCCAACUGGCCGAUCUGUGCGCCCAGGGCUUGGGCAAUUCGCCGCAGGCGCAGGAGGUGGCGCGCAAGCUGUCGCAGAAGCUGCACGAGCUGAAGGAGAAGAUCAACCAGGCCGUGGUGAACAGGGUCGUGGAGGAUUUCAUCGAUAUUUUGACGCCGCUGAAGGUCUUCACCGAGGCCGUGCUGGCGCCCGAAGGGACGCCCAACAGGGAUUUGAAUUUCUCCGACAAGGCGGCCAAUCUGCAGCAGUUCUCCAACAGGGCUGUGAAGACGGCUAAAAUGGUAGCAGCGGGUGGAAGUUCGGGUAACAAAAAGCUGGCCGAGGCUCUUCAAAGCGCCGCUAACCAAGUGGAAAGCUUGACUCCGCAGUUAAUAUCGGCCGGAAGCAUCCGUAUGAAUUAUCCGACUUCCAAAGCCGCCGAUGAGCAUUUCGAAAAUUUGAGACAACAGUACGCCGAUACGUUGACUAGAGUGCGCAACCUCUGCGACGAGGCCACCGACUCUGCCGAUUUCAUCAAAGCUUCCGAGGAGCAAAUGAGGAAGCACACUUUCCUCUGCGAAGAGGGCAUAAAGAACAGACAGCCGCAAAAAAUGGUGGAUAACACUUCGGCGAUCGCCAGAUUGGCCAAUCGGGUGUUGUUGGUGGCUAAGCAAGAGUGCGAGAAUUCUGAGGAUCCUUCGUUCAUCAACAACUUAGAUAGAGCCUCGGAUGUACUUCAAAACUCCAUCCCUCCGAUGGUGCAAGACGCGAAACUUGUGGCUAUUAAUCCAGCAGAUUCCCAUGCAGCGUCUAAAUGGAGGGAUUCUAACAAAGCUCUUCUAAACGCCGUCGGAAACGUUCGUCAAGCCGUUCAAGUGAAUCCGGAAUUGCCGCCAUUGCCGGACAUUAACUCGUUGAAUUUGGGCGAACCGCUGCGAAACACACCGACACCUAGUAGGGAGCUAGAAGGGCUGAGUCCCGCGGGUCAUCAGCACGGGGGCCGCGUCAGCCCCUUGCCGAAAUGGGCCAGAGGCGACAAUUCUGAUUUGCUCUGCCAGGAACUGGCCUCGCACUGUCAGGACGCAGGACGCAGCCAGUUCAUACCUGAAUACAUUAUCGAAGACGAACAAGCGCCGCCCCGUCCGCCGCUGCCUUACGACGGCGCCCCCGUCAGGCCGCCGCCUCCGCCGGAAACCGACGACGAGGACGAGGUGUUCAAGACGGCGCCGCUGCCCAGCCAGCCUAUUAUGGUGGCGGCCCACAAUUUGCACCGGGAAGUCAGACAGUGGUCCGCCAAAGACAACGAACUCAUCGCGGCCGCCCAACGAAUGGCCAAACUGAUGGCCAGAUUGUCCGAGCUCGUGCACAACGACGACAAAGGUUCGAAGAGGGAACUCAUAGCUACGGCUAAAGCCAUCGCUGAUGCCAGCGCCGACGUGACCCGCAUAGCGAAGCAACUGGCCAGAGAAUGCACCGACAAGAGGAUCAGAACCAAUUUGUUGCAAGUGUGCGAGAGGAUUCCCACCAUUGCUACGCAACUGAAGAUUCUCAGCACGGUGAAGGCGACUAUGCUGGGAUCUCAAGGUUCGGAGGAAGACAGAGAGGCGACGGAGAUGCUGGAAGGCAACGCCCAGAAUCUUAUGCAGAGCGUUAAGGAAACCGUCAGGGCGGCCGAGAGCGCGAGCGUGAAGAUCCACGCUCAAACUCACGGAAGAUUGAGAUGGGUGCGAAAGCAGCCCUGGUACGCGUACGCUUAGAGCGCGCGGAGAGUUGUAUUUGUGUUCAAAUAUUUAUUUAUGAUGUAAUCCGGGCGUUUCAACGUUUUCGAGCGAAACGUUGCUUCGAUAGGUUUAUUGAAAUCGUUACUUAGAAAGUUGACUAUGAAGAAUAUUAAUCUUUUUAUUUGUGUUUAGUUUUUAUUAAUGUUUUUAACGAGGUUUUGCUUGAUCGGUAAUGCGUUUCGCGUAUUUGAGUCAAUUACAGUCGAGCUUAAUGUAAUGUGAUGAUAUCGAAAAAGGUGCCCUGUAGUUAAUGUAAUUGUCAAUUGUUGACUGAAACGAAUUCACAACGUGGUCUUAAAAUCGCCUUAAUAUUUUCGAAAGUAUAUAUCGUAACGUUAUUCCAUAAAUAAUCGUGCUUUAGGUAAAUUACCGCUAGUGCCAAAAAAAUGCCUAAACUUAAGACUAUUGCUUCGGCAUUAUUGAUCAAGCAUAAUAUUUAGCUGACACGCAGACAAUCCCAUUUUAUAGUUGAAUGUUUAAAGAAUUUAACGAAUUCGUCCACCACGUAAUUAUAAAUUAAAAUAACUAAAAAAUAUUUAACUGUGGUUGACAAAAUAUAAGCAUGAUACCAGUAAUAAAUAACACACAGUGAUGUAGAAUUGCCUUGCCAACAAAGUAAUUUUUAUAUGCUUAAAUUUUAAAAAUAGUCGUAGUAUUAUAUGAACGUGCAAUAGUGCCAAAUUGUUUUAUUCGCCAUUUUUUCCUAUAAUAAGCAAUAACUUGUGGCUGAAUACUGUUGAAAGCUGUUAGAUAUUUAUAUUUUCCUAUUAUACACGUUUGCAUUAGUACUCAUUAAUUUUUUAACUAGUUUUAUAUUAUAAUGGAGUGAAAUUUUAUGUAACUAAAUAAGUAAUAAAGUAUACAAGAUACUAUUAAAUAGCAUUUUUUUAUUACGUAAAAAACAGAAAAGAAAAGUAACCCCCUAUUACUAUAGCAACAAAAAAUAAGAAUCGACUUAGUUUUCUGUGGUUUUAUAUUAGUUCAACAUAUGCAUUAAAAAAUCGAGGGCAUGAUGAUUAUUUAAAUAAUUAUUGGUACCUAUUACAAAGUUAAUAUUUCACUGGCUUUUUCCUCUAAUAAUUGCUCCAUCGUAUUAACAUGUUUGCACCAAUCAUUGAGUCUUGUUACCAUACUAGAGAUCUGAGUGCGAUCUAAAACUCUCGGUUGUACCCAUGUCAUGUUUACCGUACUGGCAACCUGAUCAAUUCGCCCUUUAACUAAUCCUUGUGAAAGCGCCUUCAUUACCAGCAGUUCAAUUUCGUUUAGAGGUAACCUCGUUUCUUUUGAAAUUUCCGCAAAUGUUAAUUGUCUGUUGUGGGACGGUCUAUUAAAUGUCAUCUCCAUCAAACAUAGUAAGGAUAUCUUCUGUCUUAAGAAUAGUUCCUCGGUGGCCAAAUCGGCUAUAGAAGACCACUGAGUUUUCAUGGCUUCAAACUUCCUAAUGUUCCCCGAAUUGAAGGCGUACAAGAGCUCGAUGAGCCAAGCAUUUUCGGUUGCUUUAAGAGACUCUAAUACAGGAUGGGCCAGAAGCUCUCCGAGAUUGUAAACCCCUUCGCCCAGCAAAGCUGCUAAACCCAAGAAAAAUGCAUGCUGCACUUUCACCUCGGUCUUCAAGGAUUCCACAUCUAUGCAGCCCAAAUACCUCAAAGCAGUGCGAUAAUAUUGAGCAUGGUCUCCUUGAAUUCUGUAGUAUUGAGAGGCGAGUAGAUAAAAUCUCCCGUGCACUGGAGUAACACCGUCGGCAUUAUCGAAAGUCGCUUCGACCUCCUCGAUGAUCUUUUUGGUGGUGUCUAAAUCGUUUAACUUAUCAAGGUAGAUCUGUCCUUCGAGGACUUUGCACAAAUUCUGGGCGUCCGGGUUGAUUUUUACUUUGGGUUCAGUCUUUUCUAGGAAAGCGAUCGCUUCUUUCGGUUCCUUGUACUGUUCGACGACAAUAGCCACUAUUUCGACCAAAGACAAAGGAUUAAUUUUAUUUUCAAACGUUUGAAUAAAAUUGUGAUACAGCUGAAUUAGGUUGUCCGCUUUCUGUAGUUCCGGUUUCUUUAUAAACACUAGUAAUUUGAGGGUUAAUUGAUGCCAUAGUUUUUUAUUAUGGAGCUCCUCAAGUUCUGCCCACUCAGAGCCCAAUUCCUUCGGACUUUCCUUUUGUUGUUUAGCAAGAUAAUCACUAACAUUAGACGGUUGCACCGCAGCUGCAGCCAUUUUCUGUGAUGACAAGACAAAAAUUUCUUAUUUUCGCAAGACGAAGAGGAUAAUCAGUGUUGUUU